AUGCUUCUCAACGCUCAGACUCUGGCACUGGCCGCUUUUUUCUCAACACUGGCUACCGGACGGCCUUUGGACUCGUCGAAGCCCCGCGAGAUUGUCCCACGCAACAAGAGCUAUUCGGUCGUCAAUGUCGGUGGAGACGCCUCGACCCCGGUCGCAACAGCCACUUCGGUGAUCAAGACAACGAAGACAGUCGAAGUCGUCGGACCGGCACAGACUGUCACCCAAGAAGUCACUGCGACUGUUGUCGAGCCUCAACCGGCGCCCGCGUCGACAUCUAGCUGCAGCUCGAGCAUUGAGACGCCGAAGCCAAUCUUCGUCACGGUCACGCUCUCGCCAGACAACGGCCCCACGGAGUACUAUGACGAUGGCAUGUGGCACACGCAUUACCGGGUGAAGACGUUCGAAGCCGCUGCAGCUGUCACCGCGGCGCCAUAG